AUGUCUGAUCCAAUAAUUGAAUAUAAGCUGCCGUUAUAUUUACCAAUAUCAAAUCUUGAAAAAAGAUAUAAAUUAUUUAAACUUCCUAAUGGUCUUUUGUGUUUUUUAAUAUCUGAUCCAACAGAAAAAAUAGCUUCAUGCUCAUUGACUGUAGCUACAGGUGCAUUUAAUGACCCAGAAAACAUGCUUGGUUUAGCUCAUUUGUGCGAACAUAUGCUGUUAGCUGGUGGUUCUAAAGAAUAUACUGAUCCGCAAAUAUUCCAUGAGGAAAUUGGUAAAAAUAACGGUUCAUUCAACGCAUACACCACGGGUGAACAGACAACUUUUUAUUUUGAAAUACCCAAUACUAAUAUAAUGACCAGUAAUGCACAAACCGCGGAUAAAAUUGGCAAGAGCAUACUUACUAAUUAUAGCAUUGGUAAAAAAGAAGGAGAUAGCGUUUUGCCCUUUGAAAAAUUGCUUCGGAUAUUUGUUAGUUUUUUCAAAGCACCUUUAUUUAAACGUAGUUUGAUUGAUAGAGAAAUAUUCACAGUCAAUAGCGAGCAUGAUGGGAAUAAGACAUCUACUAUGAAAAUCUUGUGUCAUGCUACUAGACUAUUAAGCAAUAAGAGGCAUCCAUUUCAUAGAUUUUCCACCGGCAAUUUAAAAAAGCUAAGCAUCAUUCCAAGAUUGGAGAAAAUAGAUGUACAAAAGCGUUUGAAAAAAUAUUUUUUAGAUAAUUUUACUGUAAACAACAAUAUGACAAUGUGCUUAAAGGGUUUUGAUUCAUUGAAUUUACUAACUAAAUAUGCUAUCAAACAUUUUUCUGAUUUGGGUUCGGCAAAUGUUGUGAAUAAUAAUGAUAGAGCUACUAAACAAACUAAUGAGUCCAAUUUUGUAAAUUUUAAUAUUUUAAAUAACAAAUGGCAUCCUAAAAUUGGAGCACUCCCUUGCUUUAGUAAUACUGAAUGGAAUAACGGGAUCCUUGUAAACAUGAAACAGCAGCAGCAACAAUACAUUUUAAGAAUUCUUUAUCCAAUUUUCACUAAAAACUUAAAAUGUACACAUCUAGAAAUUUCGAUUUUUACUAAAAUGUGGUGUGAAUUAUUUUCUGAGAAAAGUGAAGGCUCGCUAUUUGAAAAUUUCCAUAAUUUAGGCCUGCUUACUGAUUUGGUUGCCUAUACUUCAAAUUUCAGCAUUGAAAACGACGGAUUAAUUUUGCAAUUAACACUGACUAAAUCGGGUUGGGAGAAAGUGACAGAGAUAGUUUUUGAAAUACAAAAUAAAUUUCUACCAAUGAUACUGCUAGAAACUGACAAACUGGCUAAAUAUUUAAGUGAUUUGAACGUUACCGAUCUUUUAAAAUUUAUAUACCAAGACACGUCAAAAUCAUCAGAUGAAUUGUGUACCUACAUAAGUGAUGAUAUUUUACAAGGUAACUUUGACGUAAUUGAUCCAAAAUGUUUAUUGAAGGAAACGCCAUUUAUUAUAUCCUUAGACAAUGAAUUUUGUCACAAUGGAAAAGGGUAUGAAUUUUGGGUUCAAAAGGCAGCCCAAUUUCAAAAUUUUGUGAAUGAGGUGAUGGAUCCUUUCAAAAUGCGAAUUAUCUUAAUGGGUGAUAUGAAAACAUUAGAUAUUAAUGGCACUUGCAACACAGCAAUUAUUAUAAAUAAGGAUGAUCUACAACUAGAUCCUUAUUUUGAAUUUGAAUAUGUUAUGUUGCAUCAUACUUUCCCCCCUCCACACAACCCUAUUAAACGGGAACAUGUUUUAUCCAGUACUAGGAUAUAUGACUUGCCAGCUGAAAAUAAUUUUUUACCCAAAGUUCCAUUUCAAAUGGAUCUGAUGAAAAGGGCAUUCGAUGCUUCAAUGGCGCAUUCCCAAAACUUUGAGAUGGACUUAAUAUUGGCCAACUCAAUGAAUACUAACAAACCCAAAUUGAAAAGAAAAGAUGCAAAACAUGAAUAUUGGAUAAAAAAUGAAGGCUUUCAAAAAGUAUUUAAAUCUAAAAGCAUUAUUUCCAUCAGUCUAAAAAGUUUAAAGUUAAAACCAUCACCAUCCAAUACUAUGAUGCUAGAAGUUUUGACUGAGCUUUUAGGAGCUAUGCUUUCUCCAAAAUUAUACCCAGCUAUCAAAUUAGGUUACAGUUGUGAAAUCACGCCCUCAAGCAGGGGAGAUAUUGCAUUAGAAAUAAGGGUAUCUGGGUUUAAUAAAAAAUUGAUAUUUUUAUUAGAACUUAUCCUAAGUACGAUAUUUUUAUUGUUUAAAGAUGAGCGAAUUUUGAAACAGAAUAAAAAACUUUUCAGAAAGGCUAGAAUUAACGUUAGAUCAAAAUAUAUGGAAGCUUCAAACGAAAAUUGUUUAAGGCUAUCAACAAUGGGGGUUUAUAUUUUGUUAGAGAAAUAUAUGUGGACACUGGAAGAUAGAAUUGAUGCAUUAGAGGAGGAUAUAAAUAUUGAUAGUUUUCAGCAAUUUUUAAAAAAAUAUUUAAACAAUAAAGACAUAUACGUAUUAUUGGUUCAUCAAGGUGACAUUGAGGAUGACGAGGAUGAAUCUAUUAAUUUGUUAAUUGAUAAUAUUUUUUGUUCCUACCCAAGCUCUUGGAUGAAAAAAGAGAGCUGUUCUCAUAGUAUUUUCCCACCAGAAACAGUUUUAUUAACACCUGGCACAAAUUAUGUUUUUGAAAAAACAAAAAUAUCAGAAGAUCCAAACAAUGCAAUCACGUAUUUUGUACAAACUGGGCCGCGAGAUGAUGAAAUAUUGUACACUUUGACCGUUUUUACUGAUUUUUUGCUAAGUUUGACAUUGGUACCCAGGUUAAGGUUUGAAAAGCAGUUGGGGUAUGUUGUUGUAGGUGGUUUAAUGGUUUUAACAAAUAGUAUUGGGAUUCAUAUAAGUUGUAUGUCUUCAUAUUCGGGUGAAUGUUUGGAAGAUUCUAUUGAAGAGUAUUUAUUUGAAUUGGAAAUGCAGCUAAGCUCGGAAACUUUUACAAAUGAGCACUUUAAAGAAAAAUACAUUGACGGAUUUAUUAAAAUAGUGGGGAAUUAUUUGGAAAAUGGUGUUUAUAAUAAAGAGGGGAAAGGUGGUUGUUGUGAUUUGUUAAUGAAAAUAAAGCCCAGUUUUGAAAUAAAUACUGAAAAUUGUUUACUUGGAAGUCAGUUGUCGAACAACAAGAAACUCUACGAUACUAUUACUUUAAAAAGAUAUAAUUUUGAUUUUUGGAAUGAAAGUGAGCCGAUAAACGUAAAUUAUUUAAAGAAUUUAAAUUUGGAAGAGUAUUUAAGGUUUUACAGGGAGAAAUUUUCUAUAUUUGGAUAUAAGACUAGGUGUAAGUUAGCAGUUGCGAUAACUAGUGAUAUAAACAAAGAAGGGAUCAAGAAAAAACAAAUGUGUAUUCAAGUGGAAACAUUUUUGAAAAUAAAGGGAAUGGAUAUACCUCGCAAUGAUUUAGAAGAAAUGGUGGAUAAAAGUAACGGGAAACCAAGUUUGUUGUUGAAAUAUUUAUAUAAGUACUUUAAAAACAAAAAUGAAAGAAAAAGAUUAAUGGCUGUUGUUUUAAAGGAAAUGAUGAGGAUUUUAGGAUGCAACUUUAAAAUUGGUGUUUAUAAAGAUGGUGGUAAUAAGACUGAUGUGAGUAAUAUUCCAGAUAGCUUUAAAAAAAAAAUAGUUGAAAUGAAAAGUGGUCGUAUUUAUAUUUACGAUGAGGGGAAUUAUUUUAAAUUGGAAAAGGAUAAUUUAUUUGUAUGA